AUGGAAAAUGGUGAGCCGCUUAGAUGCCAUAUUCUCAUUCUGACGCUAAAAGUUGUGGCUGUUACCAGGCAUCCGGUGCUCCUCGACGUUAUCAUUCAGUCGAAUGGAACCUUCGUUGGCACUCGUGGUUCCACUACGUCCACACUAGCUAACCGCAGAGUACAGUCGUGGCAUGACGGAGCGACUUGGCUCAUUAGAUGGGGGUAG